GUUAGUCAAAAAUCCAUUGUGUCGUCUUCAACAUAAUUGUCUAUUUUGUUAAAGAACUACAUUAAAAACUUCAUGAUGGAUACUACCACUAGACCAAGCGAGAACAUGACAGUAACUUUGACGACGAAACACGAAGUGGCUACCGACGACAAUGACAAUGAAACCUGCUGUACGACCGCUAAGAACGCCUUGCACGAUCGCACGCAAUCGUUGCUGGACGAUUUGGCGGAGGAGAAGCCGGACGAGCAGGCGAGGAAAAGCGACGAGGAACUGGAGAAUAGCGACGAUGAAAUGCACGAUGAAAUUUACUACGAGAAGGCGCGACAAUUGCUGCCCUUCGACGAGGCGCCGCCGUAUUUGAAGCACAAUCCCUACAUUUUGUCGGGGUACAGGAGGAAUUUGCCCACCGAUUUGUGCAUGUCCAGCAUAUUUUGGUGGACGAACGAAACGAUCAACAUUUGGUCCCACUUGUUUGGUUUAUUUCUGUUCGUCGUUUUGACGAUUUACGAUUUUUCUGUGCUGAGGAUUCAAGCCACUUUGACCGAUAAAAUUAUUGUGGGGUCAUUCCUUGCUUGCUUUAUGUCUUGCAUGGCAUUGUCUUCGAUGUACCACACGUUCUCAUGCAGAUCAGAAGAGGACUGCAAGAAGUACCUGUCUUACGAUUUAUUUGGAAUUGCACUAUCUCUGCUAGCAAUUUACACGUCUGGAAUAUAUUACGCCUUUUGGUGCGAUUCAGACUGGCAGAUGUUCUACACCAUAACCGUUACCUUGAUAUUUGCUGUGGCGAUGGCUCUACACAUUCCCGAAUUAAACGUGGAUUCCAAUGUGAAAACUAUAGUUUUCGUAGCUUGGGGUUUGUACGGGGUCAUUCCUACUAUCCACUGGACCAUCAAAAAUGGCGGUUUCGACAACCCCUUAGUUAAUGUAUUGUUACCAAGGGUGUUCGGAAUGUACGCCAUAAGCGGCGUAGCGUUCAUCAUUUACAUAACGAAAAUUCCCGAAAGAUUUCUGGCCGGCAAAUUCGAUUACAUCGGUCAUUCGCAUCAAUGGUGGCACAUCUUCGUUGUAUUGGCUCUUUACUACUGGCACAAUAGCGGAUUGGUCUACAUUGAAUACCGACUGAACCAUGCGUGUCCCAAUAAAAUGAAGUUCCCAUGAAUGAAACAAAAUCUAAACAUUGAAUUAUUGCUAUUACGAAAUUUUGUCUAUUUUUAUAUUAAAACUGUGAUCGAAG